AAAAACUGAAAAGCCCUCCCCAAGAAAACAGAACGGAGUGAGUGACAGAGAACUACAUCGUCUCACAAGAAGAGAGGCAUAGGAGGCCAAAAUGGCUGUCAUGGAGAGAUUGAAGAUGUUCGUCGUUCAGGAACCAGUGGUCGCAGCUUCCUGCCUCAUCGCUGGCUUUGGCCUAUUCCUUCCAGCUGUUGUGAGGCCAAUGCUGGAUUCCUAUCAAGCUUCCAAGCAACCCCCCCAACCUGCUUUAAGUGAUGUGGUCGCAGGUAUGACUGGUAAAAAGCAAGGGUGAUCCACUCGCGGGCAGGUUUUCUAACUACUUUCCUGUUCGAACUCAUUUUUCAUAGAGUGGGAUGGAGAGAAUAAGACAACUAUAUUAUCCAUGAAUUGAAAGCAUUCCAUUGUGAACAUAUUCCUGUUUUUACAAGCAUUUUCAGCGGUUUCCCUGUCACUGGUUUUAGUUUAGGGGAUGAAUUGAAUAUCGAUCAGCUUAUUUGCCUCAAUAAUAUUGCGUCUUAUUUAGCCAGCA